UCGAGAUCGGUGUGGAAAAACUUGACUGGCCUGUAUAUAGCCCUGACCUCAACCCCAUCGAACACCUUUGGGAUGUACCCAGGCCUAAUUGCACAACAUCAGUGCUCCACCUCACUAUUGCUUUUCUGGCUGAAUGGAAGCAAGUCCCUGCAGCAAUGUUCCAACAUCUAGUGGAAAGCCUUCCCAGAAGAGUGGAGGCUGUUAUAGCAGCAAAGGAGGACCAACUCCAUAUUAAUGCCCAUGAUUUCAGAAUGAAAUGGUCGACGAGCAGGUGUCCACAUGCCUUUCGGUCAUGUAGUGUAAGUUCCAACCACAGCCUUUUUAUAUUCACUUUCCCAAGGAAUAACCCAAUGGCCCUAGGAAUGUUACCAGGAACAAGCUUCAUGUUUUUUGUUUGUUUAUUUUUUAGGCUAUAGUCCAUCAGUAAUAAUCCAAAUUUGUUAUUUUUUGAUUGGUUGGUUAGUAACUUUGUACGAUUAGUCGGUUUAGUUGUCCUCCUCGCCCAUGCGCUGUCAUUGGUGGGAGGAGCGCUGCUCGCACCAGUAGUAGUUCAUGGUGAUUAUACAUAGGCUAUACCUGCAACUCCAAAGAAAUGGUAAAUGCUUUUGUACAUAUUAUAAGAAGUCAUUUUACGCUCUAAGUAGGCCUGUGUGUAUUUUACUUUAAAUAUAUGCGUGUGAAUUGUACUCAGUUCCUGAAAUCCCUCAUGGUUAUUCAGUAAUAUCUCUGUAUUCCUGUUUCUCAGUAUUUCCUCCAUGCAUUUGCCAGUUUUGUAGCCAACUUGAAUACAUACUAUCGUGUACAGACCAAAGUCAAAUAAGAUGUAGCCUACCCUUUGUAUCUAGGGUUUUGUUAUUAUAGACAAACUUUGGCAUAGUAUUAGUUUACUAGGCAACAUGUGGUAAUAACAGUCACGUAUGGUAACAACACAAUACCAAGCAUGUAUACAGGUGGUACAUUUCCAGUGAAUAUCCCCUCUCUUGAUCUAUUGUUGAUGUUGUCUGCCAAGAUGAAAUCUUGUCAGUUUGUUUAGUCACACGCAAUAUCUCACAGCACUGAAGAAGAUACUAUUUGACGAAACUUGGGUGAACUACGCGUCUUGCUAGAGAUCCGGCAUUUACAAAAUGACACUGGCGGCCCACGGCGGGAGCUAUAGAAAUUGGCAUGAAUUAAAGAAUGAAUGAAUGAAUGUGAGGUUCAUUCUGUAACUUUAUGACAGUGGUUGUGAAUCAUAAAGAUACAGAAUUAUUCAUUCAUAUGACGUGGCCCCAUUCAACAAAUAUGUCUUCAGUAAUAAAGAGCAUGGAGGAAGGCAAGUAGCUUUGCAAAAGGUACAUUAGGCCUACAUCAGUGAAGCACAGGAGGUAAGGCACAAUAUGAUGUUUACUGUGAAAUGUACACAUCUUCAGGGCUCGGCGUGGGCACUGAUUGACUGAGGUUUAUGUUUCUUGUCUUUCAGGUUAUCUCACACACACCCUUCCUUGCAUUGACGCCUACACCAGCCGGGCGUGGAGUCCCUGUUUCUCUGACAGUUAGCUUUUUUCCCAGCAUCGGACAGCAAUAAUACUAGGUGUGUGUGAUUAAAUGUGUGUGUGUGUUCAGUGACCGCGUCCGCCUGCGACACUCACUCGAAGUGUGUCGCCUCACACACACGCCGGCACUCACCAUGGCAGCGGAAUGUGUUCCGGAGGGGCCCGACCUUAAGGAGAUGAGUGAGGAAGAUGUAUGGGAGCUGAUCAACGACAACCGUCAUCGUAUCUCCCUGGGUGUGAAACCAUGUAUGUUGAUCCCAUACCUGCGCCAGGCCAGGGUCCUCACAGAGAUGGAUGAAGACGAGAUCCUCUCCUGCCUCAAGCUCAACAACAGCUCCAUGAGGACCAGUCACAUGCUGGACCUGCUGCGUAUCCAGGGGAGGAACGGCGCAAUGGCCCUGCUGGAGAGCCUGAUGAUCCACUACCCCACCAUCUACACCCAGGUCACAGGCCGCAAGCCCAGCACCGUGCCCUCUGGCUUCAGUGGCCUGAUUAAGUACUCGGACUUGACAGAGUACCUGGUCAAAGCCUUGACAGGGAUGCAGAAGGAGCUGAAGGAGGCUCGGCAGGAGGCCAGUCGGCUGGGGUCACGUUGCACCUCCCUGGAGGCGCAGCUAGGUCAGACUCUGGAGCGGCAGGAGGAGUCUCGCCGUCUUAAGGCCGACCAUGGCCGCAUGAGGAAGCACUUGGCUGCCGCGCACCACGACAUCUUGAAGCUGAAGGACGAGAAGUGUGGCCUGUAUGCGCGGUACACGGCCGUCAUCGAGGAGAGGUCGGCCGCCAACAUCCACUGUAGCGACCUCAACCUGCAGGUAUAUCAGCUUCAGUUUGAGCUGCGCAAAGCCCAGACAGAGAGGGACUUUGAGAGGCAGCGCUCGCUCAAGUGCCCCAGCCCCAGCGAGACGCAGAAACUGCAGGACGAGAUUAGCGCUCUGCGCAGGCAGCUACUGGUGCCCGAGAAAUACUCCCCGGCACGCGAGGAUAUCCUUGCCCAAGACCUGGUUGAGGUGAGGGAUGGCCAUAUGGAGCUUGCUGAGCAGCUCAGGUGCUACAGAGAGGAGAAUGAGCAGCUGAUCCGCGAGAGGCAGGAGAUGGAGGAACAUAAGGAGUGUCUGGCGCUGCAGGUUCAGAAGCUGACUCUGGACUGUGAGAUGUACCAGCAGAAUGGUACUGUCAAACAGAGCCAACUGAGGGAGCUACAGACAGAGAGAGACCACGCGUGCCAGUCCAGGGACGAGGCCCAGGCCCAGAUAGCCAGGAGCCUGGCUGAGAAGAACACGCUGCGCAGCGCACACACUGAAUGGAAGUUUAGCUGGGAGAGCCAGGGCUCCAGCAGUGACAGCCUCCCCUCCAGCCCCUCACCUCGUCCCCGCCUCCGCCGCAUGCAUGCAAUUGGCCCCGAUUCCAUGAGGGGAUGCAGUAUAGAGAGUGGCAAUGUCCCUCCAGGUAGUGUCCGGUCCCAGAAUGUGGAGCCUCCAUGCCCAGAGACACUGCGGAAACGAGAAAAGACCCUAUGGUGCGAUCGAGACAGCUCGGAGACGGCUGAAUGUGACAAUGACUUUGUGUUCAUCCCCAGUGGCAAUGAGGUUGAGCAAUCUGUUAUGUCACCUACACUUUCCUGCCAAAGCAACAACAGUGAUGGUCUCUCCAGGGCAUCAGCCCCCCCGUUCCUGCUGCGCUCCCGGCCCCGGGCCAUGCGCAUCACGGGCCGAGUCCUGACCAUCUCCUUCCAGGGGGAGGAGCUUCUGAGCCAGCUGCAGGUGGUGGGGGGUAACAAGACGGGCGUGUUUAUCCACCAGGUCACUGAGGGCUCCGCCGCCAACACAGUGGGCAUUAGUUCGGGGGCGCAAAUACUGGAGGUGAAGUAUGAGCAGGCUCAGCAGGCUCUAAGAAUGGUUCUGGAGGACUCCACCCUGGAAGAAGCCAUUUGGGGUCUGGGGCAGGUCCGAGGCUUCUGCCACCUCUCCCUGAGGCCCAACCAAGAUGCCUAUAAGAAGCUCCUGCUGCAGAGUGGCGAGGCCAUGUCAGGUGACUCCUUCUAUGUGCGUGUCAACAUGUCGUUAACCGGGGGCUCGCAGGACACUCUGACCGUUUCCUGUAACGACAUCCUCCACGUCACAUGCACCCGACCAGCGGGCACUGACUGCUCCUGGAGGGCCAGCCACGUCCACCCUUGCCAACUGCUGGACCUCAAGACUGGCAACUUGCCCAACUACUACAGGGCCCAACGCCUGCUGAUCAGAGCCAUCGAGGACAUGAGCCUCCAACCCAUGGCACUUAGAAAGGCCCGGGACAAGCAGAAGACUGUGAGGAUUGUCAGUACGGGGAGACAGGGGAGGAAUCCUCUGUGGGUCUGUGUAGAAGACAGCAAGGACAAGAGCACUGGGCCAGGGGAUGCCUCUGCACCCAGAGGCUGUUUGACCCUCAUGCCCUACACCCUGGUCACGCCCUACUUCCCACCCAUCUGUCGUCCGGUCCUCCUGCUACCCACAAUCCUCGGCCGUGUCCUGGAUCAGAAGCUGGCCAAGUGGCAGGGCUUUCAGUUGUGUGAGCCAGAGUUAUUGAGUUCCAGUGAGCACGCUACCAGGCUGCAGAGGUCUGAGGUACUGGAGGAGUGUGAACAGGGGGGUCAGCGGUGUUACACCCUGCAGAGUGUUGAGAGGGUCAUGAAGCAGGGUACCCACUGUGUGCUGCCUCUAGGUCUGGACUGUGUACGCCGCCUCCACAGGGCAGAGAUCUUCCCCAUCAUCAUCUUCAUCGCCCAGUCCAAGUCCAGAGCAGCACGCAAACUCAAGUCUAAGGUGCAGUGUCUGGGCUGGUCUGAGGAGCAGCUGCUGGAGUGUUCUCGCAGCGAGGAGUCCCUGCUGGACAAGCUGCCCUGCCUCUACCGCAUCGUCAGCCCUGACUCAUGGGACGACAAAACCACCCUGCUCACCACCCUGCAUUCCAUCAUCUUGGAGGAGCAGAAGAAGAUUGUGUGGGUGGAGCCUGAUUUGUGGUGAUUUUAAGGCAUCAGAGGCAUCAAUGUGAAGUUUGUUGAUGAGGUACUCGUGGCCAAAUUGGUUGUCUUUGAAUUCCAAAUUUGUAAAAUAAAUUAUUUAGUUCCAAUAGGCAUUACAUACCUAUUACAUACCAUUAUGGGACAAGGGAAAAUGGAUUGUGUAUGUGUACCUAUGAUAGCUACCUAUACAUAUGAAUUCUGUAAUCAAGGUAGUAUGAGGAGAUGUACCUGCACUUUGGUUUAGCUUCAUUAAGUUCUUGUCGUUUUUCCAACCUAUAUUUACUUGUAUUGUUUUUGGGAAUAGUUUUUCAAUGAUCUUUAUCACAAAGAUAUGAUCGUGUUAUAUACUGUGUAUUGUAUUAUAUACAGGGUUUCAACAAACCUGUUUAACCAUAGUCGUUCCCAAGUCACACCUGAAAUGUAAUGUAGGAAUUCCAGUCAGACUAUGUUGACUAAUUGUCAGACAGUUUUAAAGUUUCCAUACAAUGAGGGUUUUAAUUACCUAUUCUGAAGUGUGCAACUAAAAAUAGGGUGAAAUGUUAUGAUAGUAGGCAUUAUAUGGAUUUAUGUUGGAACAUGUUUUUAAAGCAGUGGUAUUCAAAGUCUGGGUUAAGGACCCCUAUUGGGGUCGCGGGGGAACUGCAGUGGGGCCGCAAAAAUAAAAUGUAUAAGAAAAUAUAAAAAUGAAGAGUACAGAUUAUUUUAUUCGACAAUAUACAGAAAGAUCAAUAUAUAGAAAGAUCAUUUGAAAAAAUGUAAUUAAGUAAAUGUAUUUAUUGAUUUAUUUUCAUUUUGAUAAGAGAUUUAAUAAAUUGACGGUCAUUUGAUUUACAGAUUUGAAGGACAAAUGGGGUCCUCAGAAAUGUUUUGAAUACCACUUUUUUUAAAAGGGUGACCAAGUAACUGGUAUUACAUGAGAUGACAACUCGUUGUAUUUUACGAUAUAUACGAUGACUGUACACAGAGCUCAGGUAUCAUUGACCCUUAGUCACUCACUCUAGGAAUGAGAACAAAGCUCAACUUCCUGUGCGGCGCUUAAGCCCUCCCACUCUCUUCCACCUACAUCCUCUCUUUAUGAUCUUUCCCUGCCCUCCUAAAUAACCACCAGGUACAGUAUUAGGCGCUGCCCCUGAGCCAGCUGUCUAAAACCUGCUGAUUGUGUUAUGUCAGUUGUGCCAUCAUUUCUGGUAAGAAUGUUUAUGAUACUUGUCAUCAUAGAUAUUAACAGAUGGCGGUGGAUUAGAGUUAUGGCAGUACUUUUUUUAUUUUGUGUAAUUAAACAUUUUUAAGAUGUGUUUGUCUUGCCAUCCGAUUGUUGCAAAAUGUGUUUACAGGUGGAUUACAAUCUUUUGGACACUGAAUGGAAAUAAUACUAUACAAUAUGUAAUUAUUUUGUAACUACAUACAUUUCAUCAUAUUCCUUUCGUAUUUGCACAUUUAUGAGAAAGCAAAGUCCUCAAGAAGAAUAUAUGAUUUGGUUUCUUCCAAAUGUCAUUAAUUUUGUUAACACUUGCAAUUAAUUAGCAUUUAAGCUUGAAGUGUGUUUGUGCAGGUACAUUUUAACGGUUGAUGCUCCAAUGUAACCAGCAGAGGGGGCAAGAUUAAAAGCUGAACGAAGGCAACCCGCAA